AUGGAGGAGGUUGUGGUCCUGAUAGUAGGAGCUGGCCCUGCAGGCCUAGCGGUCUCCAACUGUUUAUCUCACCUCUCGAUUCCAAACAUAGUUCUGGAGAGAGAGGACUGCAGUGCCUCGCUAUGGAGAAAGAGAUCAUACGAUCGCUUGACCGUCCAUCUUGCUAAGGAGUUCUGUUCACUGCCUUACAUGCCCCAUGCAUCCUCGUCCUCCACCUUCAUGCCCAGAAAAUGCUUCAUCGAGUACAUUGACUCUUACAUCUCGAGGUUCGGCAUCGAGCCUCGGUACUGCCGUUCUGUCGAAGCGGCUUCGUAUCUCGAGAACGAGGGGAAGUGGAAGGUCGAAGCCAGGAACACGUCGACCCAAGAGAAGGAGGUCUAUGGGGCGCAGUUCUUGGUCGUUGCAACAGGCGAAAACAGCGAGGGUUUUAUCCCCGAGUUGCCCGGGUUGGACGGUUUUGAGGGGAAGAUCAUCCAUUCGAGUGAGUACAAAUCCGGGAAAGAUUAUGAGAAUAAAGAAGUUUUGGUGGUUGGCUGUGGAAAUUCAGGGAUGGAGAUUAGCUAUGAUCUAUCAAACUUUGGCGCUCGUACUUCCAUUGUGAUAAGGAACCCAUUUCAUGUGCUCAACAAGGAAAUGAUUUACAUCGGAAUGUUAUUAUCUAAAUAUGUCGCGAUGACGAUUGCUGAUGUUGUGACGACAUUUAUUGGAAAGCUUUGGUAUGGCGAUUUGACUAAGUAUGGGAUACGUCGACCGACCAAAGGCCCAUUUCAACUAAAAGUGGCCACUGGAAAAACUCCGGUGAUUGACGUUGGCACGGUUAAGAAAAUCCAAAGUGGAGAUAUUAAGGUUCUUCCCGAAAUAGUGAGGAUUAAUGGUAAUGAUGUGAUGUUUGAGAACAGUGUCGUUAAGCGAUUCGAUGGGAUUAUCUUUGCAACAGGCUACAUGAGCACUGCCAAUUACUGGCUCAAGGAUUACAAAUACAUCAUGAAUAAAGAUGGGAUGCCGAAAUACCCGUGGCCACAUCACUGGAAGGGAGAGAACAACAUUUAUUGUGCCGGUUUCUCCAAGGAAGGAUUGGCAGGGAUCGCGAGGGACUCGGUGGCCAUUGCCAAUGAUAUUAAUGAAAUUCUAGAUGGAAUAGAGGGGAAGAUUAAAGUCAAUUGA